UUGCUGCAUGCCCCCCCACCCCACCCCACCCCACCCCAACACAUUUCAUUUCCCCGAGUUGCUACUUACAUACACUCAUCACUUGAAAUCUAAAUUCCAAUCUUUCUUUCUUUCUUUCUUUUCUGAAUAACAACAAUAAUCAUAAUAAUACUUCUUCAUCCGCGACAGCAGCUUAAUUAAGUAAGUAUGCAGGGCGAAGCAAUCAACUUCUUCCCGUACGCCAAUGGUUUCACAAGGAUCCACUAUGAAACCAAAACCAAAUCCACCAUUAAUAUGGAUCAAGAUCAACAGCAAGAGCCAGAGCAAGAGGCUGCUUGUGAUUGGUUUGAGGAGGAAAUAGAUGUUGAUCUCAAGUGGUCCUUCGCUCUCAACAGAGUGCUGCACAGAGGAACGAGUGAGUACCAGGACAUUGCCCUCUUGGACACAAAGCGCUUCGGCAAGGUGCUGGUGAUUGAUGGGAAGAUGCAGAGUGCUGAGAUUGAUGAGUUCAUAUAUCACGAAUGCUUGAUCCAUCCGCCACUUUUAUGCCACCCCAACCCCAAAAGUGUGUUCAUAAUGGGAGGGGGCGAAGGCUCCGCAGCAAGAGAAGCGUUGAGGCAUACAUCAAUCCACAAAGUGGUGAUGUGCGAUAUCGAUCAGGAGGUGGUCGACUUCUGCAGGAAGCAUCUCUCAGCAAAUCACGAGGCUUUCCGAAACAUGAAGCUUGAGUUGGUGAUAAACGACGCCAAAGCUGAACUGGAGGAGAGGAGGGAGAAAUUCGAUGUGAUAGUGGGAGAUUUAGCGGAUCCAGUGGAAGGAGGGCCAUGCUACCAACUCUACACCAAAUCGUUCUAUCAAAACAUCCUCAAGCCUAAGCUCGCCUACAAUGGCAUCUUUGUUACCCAGGCCGGACCAGCUGGAGUGUUCACUCAUAAGGAAGUCUUCUCUUCAAUAUACAACACCAUCAAACAGGUUUUCAAGUAUGUUCGCGCUUACACAGCUCAUGUGCCCUCCUUUGCUGAUACAUGGGGCUGGGUAAUUGCAUCUGAUCAGCCACUGGGCAUAGAAGCUGGGAAGAUGGACAAGAAGAUUGCAGAAAGAAUUGAUGGGGAGCUCCUCUACUUGAAUGGUGCCUCCUUUGUUUCCUCCACCAUCUUAAACAAGACUGUGGCUAAAACGUUGAAGAAUGAGACUCAUGUCUACUCCGAGGAUAAUGCUAGGUUCAUUCAUGGCCAGGGGCUAGCACUUCGGAAUUGAGCUCACUGUACAGUAAAAACAAAACAAAACAAACAGACAAAGAAAAAGAGAGAGGCGGAGAUUGAUUUGAAGGAAUUAUGGAUUGGGGAUGGAAUUAGUGAUUAAUUAUUAUUAUUAUAUACAGUAUUAGGAGAAAACUUUAGAAGAAACCAAUUAAGGUGUUUAUGCAUGCUUUGGGUUGGGUGACUAUAUAUUUAUAUUAUAUUAUAUUAUAUUAUAUAUAUAUAUAUAUAGAUAUGUAUGUAUGUAUGAGUGACCGUUGCUGCUGCUGGCCUGUCUGUGCCUUGUGCCUUUGUAUGA